CGUAACAUGUUCAACUAUCAAAAUCUCAGGUUAACUUUUGGAAUCAGUUAAUCACGAUUUUUAUGAGUACGAUAAAAAUGAUUACAAAAUGAAAAAGAAGAAAAAAAUUAAUCAUGAACAGUUAAACGAUUUCAGAUUAUUGUGGUUAUCGUUUUCUUACCAAUCAAAUUGGAUUACUUUUUUGCCUAUUCUAUUAUUAUUCAAUAUGAUUUACUCUUUGCAAUCUCUUUGAUUAAUAUACCUGAAUCUCUGGUUAAUUGUGAAUCAAUUGUUAAUUAUUUCAACCGAUAUGCUCUGAUAAUUGUUCAUUUACUUUACUAGAUGAACAUAAAAAACUGAUUCAACUCACAAUUCAGUGUUCUGACUCACUCAUGAUAAUCAUCACCACCCCUCAUGUGAACCAUCAUUAUCUCAAUCAUUUCAAUCUACCUGAGUUUUACCUGUGUUUUUUUAUUAUUAUUUUGCAAAUUGCUCAAAAAUUGUUACAAUUAAAAGUAUUGAUUUUUGUUUCUUUUGAUAAAAUGUUGAUUAAUGACAAUUGUUUAUUGUGUGCAAAUUGUUUCAACAAUAAUCAACUUUAAAUUUUGGAUCAAAUCAUUUUUGAUUCUGCACAAUUAGAUGCAGGAUUCAACUCGAUUGAAACAAUUGAAAAAUGUCAAUGAAAGUGGUCCAAAUGCCGGUCGAUUUGGUGGUGGGAAUGGGAGUGAGACCAUUGGUCAGUAUGAUCUUAAUCCUUCCGGUUCGAAAGCGCUAAAAGCAGCAUCCGAACAUCGUGCCAAAAUAGUUACAUUUUAUAUCAAUGGUGAACCUUUUAAACCAGGUAUUCGAGUCUCUAUUGUACCUGGUAAAGAUUUUCACAGUUUGACCUCACUUUAUGAUUAUCUUAACGGUAAAUCUCAGGUAACCUUUGGUGUCCGAUAUAUUUUCACAGUAAAUGGUAAACGGGUCACCUCAAUAGAUGAUCUUGAAUCGGGUCUAUCGUAUGUUAUUUCGGAUAGCACUCGAUUUCAGGUUCUACCCUAUGGAAAACAAGAUAAACAAAGUAAAGGUGCCAAUAAUCAUAACGGAAUUAUUUUAAACAGUGAGGGUGUUAAAAGCGUCUCAUCAACCCUUCCCCUUUCAACUUUACCCUCUAUUCUUGACCAUUCACCUCGAAGUCAAUCUCUUAACUCUAAGGAGGGUAAAAUAGUGACCAUUGUAAACCGUAAAGAUCCGACCCUGCGAACGAGAGUUUUUCUUAAUCUCAGAUCACAACGAACCUUUGAACUGGUCGUCAAAGAUCUUGGACAAGCCGUGAUGGUCAAGGAUGCGCGAAGAUUGUACACAAGUGACGGAGAAGAGAUACGAAGUAUAUCACAAUUAAAGAGACAAUUAAGUGAUUUCACAAUAUUUUAUAUCGAAAGUGCCAAAAAUCGGGAUAAAUUUAUUCGCAAUACUGGAAAUAACGAUUUCAGAUCAUUUAAUCAUCGUCAAAGACCAAGUUCAUUGGAAUCGAUUAAUCUGAUUGGUUUUAAAGACGAAGAACUUGAAACUUCAAUGAAUUCCCAUAGAAGUCAAGAUAUUUUACCUCAGGAUAAUAUCCAAAAGCAGCAUCGAGUGACACCCCCACCAACCUUGAGUUUUAAUUCCACAGAAUCUGUUGAUAAGAUUUGGACACAAAAGACAACAAAUAGUGACACUAAUCAGAUGCGAUCAGUUGAUUGGCCUCUAACUGUUAGUGAAAGGAAAACGCCGAUGAGUAAGGUCACUUCAAUUGCGACACAAACAUCACCACGAGCUCGUCAACCACGAAAUAGAUUCAAACCUAAAAAUCAAAGUAAAUUAGAUGGACGAUUAGUAGAUAAAUUAACAACAAUCAGUAAUAAUAAUGAGGGUAAAACAUUUCCAUCUAAUGAUAAAAGUAAACCAGUUACAAUUAAAUCAAACAAAGACAAAAAUCAGCAAAAAUUAUCCACCAAAUCAAAUGACAAUCAAAUUAAACGUAACCAGACUAAUCCUUUAACAGAGAAAUGGAUUAACAAACAGCAACAAUCAACUAAAUCAAGUAGCUCAUCAUCAAAUACAACGACAGGUAAAUCAUCAGCUAAUCAUGAACCUGUUGUUUUCGUACCGGUUGAUGUUAAUGAUCAGAAAUCGCUGUCUGAUAAUCAGCGACAAUCAACUAAUAACAAGGCUUCCAAAUUAGAGGAUGAGCUGAAAACAAUCAACUCGAAAAGUAAAUUCAAUUCAAUUAACAAUGCCAAGGUAAAAAGUACAAUCAAGGAUCAACAGUUAGUUGAUUAUAGCAAUUUAGACGAUGAGGAAAGAGUUAGAUUAUUUUCUGAGAUGAUUAAAGAUAAAGUUAAAUUAAAAGUUGAGAAUCGACGAAAGGAAAAAAGUGCCAAGAAUAGCGGGUCAGUUACCAAGCGAACUGGGAAUCGAGCUCGAGUUUCAUCGGCUUUUAGUCAUGUAGAAAAUGGUGAUAUCGGUACAGUUGACGAUCUAACGGCUCGAGGUCGACGCACGGGCUCAUCAAUGGUUUCUCUUGAAGAUAUUAUCAACCAUGAGCACGACGAAACGGAUACCGAUCGAUUGUCAGUGUUGGAGAAAAUUGCUCAUGAUGAUAAUUACAUCGAAACAAUUAAAACGCCAAAUGGUCAAACAAUUAACUCGGAUGAUAAUCUAUUCAAAGGGAUCAACGUUCCUGACAAAAACUUUCAACUCUCUUGGGUGUAUGGUUAUAAAGGUAAUCACCAGAGUACUAAUUGUAACAAUUUAGCAAUUCUUGAAACCGAUGAGAUCGUUUUCUUUGUGGCAUCAAUUGUUGUCCUUUGGAAUCCUCGUAAUCAAACUCAAAGAUAUUACAUGGAGCAACAUGAUAUCCAAUGUAUGGCUUUAGAUGAGCGGAGUAAAUUCAUUGCAACUACUCAUGAAAAUACUCUUGAUAAUAAGUCAAUGUUUUCGGGUUCGGAGAUUCGUGUUUGGGAUUCGAGUAAUUUGACCACUUCGGCUGUUUAUGAAAAUUUAGCUCAUUCCACUUCCAUAAUUUCCGUUUCUUUUACUAAUCUGGGCUUCCUGUUGAUACUUUGUUGGAAAGAUAAUAUUAAUUUGAUUAUCUGGGAUUGGAAAAAUAAUCACGAAGUUGCCUCAAUAAGUGCCAAAUUAACUCAAGAUGUAAAAUUAAUCGGAGUGAAACCGUUUCCCCAAGGAGGAGAUUUGAUUACUUUUGGAUUGAAACACUUAACGUUCUGGCAAUCAAUUGGUUCCAAAUACAAUCCAACGAGUUUAAUCAAACCAAAAUCAAAGGAACCAGUUCUUUUCACUUGUAUUGAUUUUUUAUCUAAUGGCGAUUUCUUAACUGGAUCAGCUGAUGGCUUUUUCACUCUCUGGUCACAAAAUCCUGACAACGGAAUGGUCUUCCGAGUAACUGACCUCAAAGCUCAAGAGACUUCAAUUGGGUGCAUUAAAUAUCUUUCCAAUAACAUUUUGGUUUCAAGUGAUGUAAAUGGGCUUCUCAUUACAUGGGACAUCAGUGAUCUGACGUUUCGACAAAUUAAUACAAUCAUGGUACCCAAAGAUGCUGGAGGAAUAACUUCAGUUUGUUCAACAAUCAACACCAAGGGAAAUCCAAAUUUCAACAUUUAUGUUGGCACUCAGGGUAAUUAUAUCGCUUAUGGGUCAGCAAUAAAUGGCAAGAAAUUUGAUAUUCUCAGUGAGGGUCAUUCUGGGGGAUUACGAGGUAUCGCUGGGCUUCCAGGGGACAAUGCCUUUUUUACGUGUGCAUUAGAUUCUAAGGUUUGUCGUUGGGGUGACAAAAGAUUAACAUGGAAAAGUAUUUUAGAUGUUCAACUCUUGUCGAUUGCUGUUCACCCUUCCCGUCAGGCAUUAGCCGUUGGCGGUGUCAAUGGUGUAAUUCAGAUACUCGAAGCCAAUUCUGGUAAUUUAGCUGCACAAUUAAAUGUCUGUAAAGUUCCAAUAGUCUGUUUAUCUUAUUCACCCAAUGGUAAUUUUUUGGCUGCCGGUGCUCAUGAUGGAGUAAUGUACUUGUUACCUGUUUUCGAUGAUGGUUUCGUCUAUGAGAAGGUUUCAGUUCUCAAGGGUCCACAUCCAAUUCUGAGUCUUCAAUGGUCAACUGACAAUUGUUUCCUUCUAACUUCAGUAAAUGAUAACAAUUAUCAAGAGUUGAUAAUUUGGGAUCUUCCAAAUUUUAGAUAUCUAACUGGAAUAUCUUCAUCAUCUGAAAAUCUUAAAUGGCAUGAGGCAACUUGUUCCGGAGGUGAAGAUGUAAGAGGUAUUUGGGAUAAUCACAAUAUCAACGAAGUGAUCAAUGUUUGUUGUCAUUGUUCACCCAAUGGAAAGUAUCUGGUCACUGGCGAUGAAGAUGGUCACAUUCGUCUAUUUUCAUAUCCAUGUUCUGAUCCAAUGGCAGCUUUUUACAUGAGAAAACAAGGAUCAACUGGAGUGGUGGAAGCUCGUUUUCUUUCAGACAAUUCAUCUCUGGUAACAGCUAAUUUUGAUGGAACACUUUUCCUUUGGAACCUUUAUGAUGUCCAUUGAAUUUAAUCCUCAUUUCCAUGAAAUCUCUACAAAUUUUUGUGAAAUGGCAACGACCAUACCAAUAUCCUGUCCUCUGGUAGAACUCAUUUGGAUGUUUCAAUAUCUAUGAAAUAGAUGUAUAAUCAAAUGAUUUGAAAUGUAUAAUUAUGUUAAUUUAUUGAGUGAUAAAAUCAAGGUCUAUUGUAAAAACAGCUAUACAAAUUCGAAAAAGAUUAGUUUAAUCGCCUCAUUACGCACAACAAAGGUGAUAACGACAAUUUAUCAGUAGUUAAAUAAUCAAGGCAUUCAAAUUUACCAAGAUUUUCUCAUCGCUUUCGAUGCGCAAAUGAUAUAAAAUUACCCUCAAACUCAUUUAGUUUAGCUGUAUUGUUGUCAAUUGAAUUUACGCUGAUUUUCAGGCUAUUUGAAGAAGAUAGAAUGGAAGCACAAUACGUUCCGUACAAAACGAUACCGAGUCGAGGAUUAAAUAAGGGCAAACCAACUAACAAGGGAAGUUCACGAACUGAUCAGUCGAUAUUGAUUCAACCACUAGUGUAAUCGAUAGAGCACUUCUCGA